AUGACAUACAUUUCAGUGAUGGAGCGGAUUCGGCACAUUUUUGUCGUCGAGGAGCGUUGCCAUCUUGGAAUUGUCAGUGUUGCACGCUUUUACAGUGUUAUAAAUCAAUGGGAGGGAAACAAUGAAGUUCCAAAAUCUGGUACUUUUAACCUUACUAUCGAUCAGUUAAUGGACGUGUAUCAAUACAAAAAGGAAAAACAUGUGUGGGAAUCUUCCCUGGGAGGAAAAGAAAAGUUCGGAGGGCUACCGGCUCUGGAAUUUCCAGGUGUAGAACCACGUUUUGAUCAAUUCAAUAACCCAUCAAUCAAAUCAGAAACUACCCCAAGAUCAAAUGACACCGAUCCCGGAUCCGACUUUUUAGCAGUUGUUAAGGACGAAGAAGGAAACAAAGACUAUUCAGCAGAAUCUCUUGCUCAGCAAAAAGAGAGGUUGAAUAUCAAAAUCGCUGAACUUCGGGUUAAGGCGAAGUACCAAAUAGCUGCUGCCGAGACUCAAUUUUAA